AAAAGGCGUUGGCGGCCUCGGGGGGUACCUUGCCCCGAGCCAGGAGGGGCUCUGGAUUCAAGUGGCGCUCUCUCAGCCAGUCGCCUGAGCAGCACAGGAAGGUGAUCACGCUGGAGAAAGAAGAGAGCCAGACAUAUGGUUUUGAGAUUCAGACUUAUGGGCUACACCAUCAGGAUACAAAACGUGUGGAGAUGUUCACUUUUGUUUGCCGGGUUCAUGAAAACAGCCCAGCCCAAGCAGCAGGCCUUAAACCUGGAGACACAAUCACAGGAGUGAAUGGGCUUAAUGUGGAAGGCAUCCGCCACCGUGAGAUUGUGGAGAUCAUCAAGGCAUCUGGAAACGUCCUCAGGUUAGAUACGUUGUACGGUGCAUCAAUCCGGAGGGCCGAGCUGGAGGCUCGCUUGCAGUACCUCAAGCAAACCCUCUAUGAGAAAUGGGGGGAAUAUCGGUCAUUGAUGGUGCAGGAGCAGCGCCUGGUCCAUGGGAUUGUGGUUAAAGACCCCAGCAUCUAUGAUACAUUGGAGUCCGUGCGCUCCUGCCUGUAUGGCUCUACACCCUACGGGAUGCUGUUGACAGGAGCUGGGAGUACUUACAGCAGUGUGGGCUGUGUCAGCACGGCCACUGAUGAGACUGAGGAAUCUCUUUACCAGACUUGCUUUUUUGACUCCGCCGACUCUCUGGACAUUGUCCCCGCGGCUGCCCAGUCUUCUCGCCCCAAGACAACGUUAACCCGCAGCACCAGCGUCAAAUGCACCAGCAGCAGCAGCAGCAAUGGGGAUGCCUGCUUCUGGGACAAAUCAGGAGAACCAAAGAACUCUGUAGCCACGCCAAGGCCCCCCAAAAGCAAACAGGGAAGCUUCCGCAAGAGACUCCUCAAGUUUAUCCCUGGGUUGAACCGUUCUCUGGAGGAAGAGGAGAGCCAGUUAUAAAAGGACGUUCUUACUGGGAAGGCAGAGCAGAGCUCCGCUGUGAGCCCAACUGCCUCUGCUUGCAGUGUUGGGUAUUUAUUUAUUUAUUUGACUAACAGAGGACUAGGCUUCCAAACGCCAACAAAGUACCUGUUCUCCGUGGAACACAGGUUGCGUUGGCCAUGGACGUUGGAAGAAGAACUCAUCAGCCUGGUUGGGAGUGGGGUGACAUUGGGUCUUCAAAGUCCUAGGAAGAAACGGGUGGAGGGGGGAAAGGAGACCUCAAAAGAAAAAUGUAGCAAAUUGUGAGGCCAAAGAAGCACAAGUGAUUUUGCAUCCUUCAUUCAUGCAAGGGUAGUUUCGGUCUGGGAAGUUUUUCAGGAAUCGGGAUAAAGUAGUCUCUUCAAGUAAUUGGGUGGUUCUUUGCUGUUGAGGGCCAUAGGGCGACUUUUAGAAAUGGGUGGGAAACAGAACAUUAUUACUGGUUCUAACUAGCAGGGAUUAAAAAAAAAAAUCUGGAACAUUUGGCCUGGGUUUGUAAAUUGGGAGGCUUGUGUUAAGACUUAACGGGGGAUUAGAAGAACCAGCAUGUUAACCUAGCCUAGAGCAUGAAGCAGCAUUUGAGGUUUAGUGAGGUAGGUUGAGAAAGCCCAGACCCAAGGCAAAAACUGUCCUCGAGGGAAAGCAGUAGCUCCCGACAUCUUCUGUCUGGCACCCUCCAGAUGCAUUGGGACUUCAAGUCCCAGAAUUCCCAUUUAGCUUUGUCUUUGGCCAUGUUGGCUGGAAAUUUGCAGCACAUUUAGAAGGUUGAGUUACAGGGUGGAGUGAGCUGCACAAGAGGUCAGCCCUGGUGGCUGGCCAUGAGGCAGCGAGAACUCCAAGAUAUUUCUGCAUUUGCGUUUUGUAUUAUUAAAUGUUGAAGGGUAAAACCUGCCAGCAGUUUUAUGCAUAUCAGAUUCAGCAUUUCCCUUCCAUCUGGUGGUCCAUUUUGGGUUAAGUCAGUUCUAAGCUAUGCUUAGAAGAUGGAACACUUAACCCAGUUUGUAACUCCAUGUCUUGCAAUCGGCCCCCACGUCUACGGCAGCAGAUACUUUCGCUCCCGUUGGGAAGGCCAGUGAAUCGAUCCGAGCUGUAAAUGUGUAGGAACUCCAUUCCAGCUCCCCUUCCCCC